AUGGUUGAUCUAUUUGGAGAUAGAGGAAUAAUAGAUUUGGGAAUUAAGAGAGAAGCUACAAUUGAAGAAGUCUGUUUGGGUAAUAGAAGAAGAAGAAGGCAUCGAACUGAGCUUCUUAAUGACAUUGAAGUGGAGUUGGCUAGCGUGAAAGAGAAACUAAGAGAGGAUGUGGAGGAUGUAAAUCUUUGGCAAUGGAGGUCGGGUUUCAAAUCAAGAUUCUUAACUCAGGAGACGUGGUUGAUGAUACGUAAAACUUAUGUAUGCUGUAACUGGGCUAAAGGAGUUUGGUUUGCUAUGGCUACACCAAAGUUCGCGUUUAUGUCUUGGCUGGCUAUGCUGGACAGACUCUCCACCAUGGACAGGGUUGCUAUAUGGAAUCAAGGAGUGGAUUCUAUUUGUGUCCUCUGUAAAAUGGCAAUGGAGUCCAGAAAUCAUUUAUUCUUUGAAUGUUCCUAUUCUUCACAAGUUUGGGAAUAUCUUACUCUUGGAAUUCUGAGAAGCUCAUACUCCAAUGUCUGGUCCAUUAUUGUGCCUCUUAUAUGUGAUGGUAGCAGAGAGAGGAUGAGGUCUUUCUGCAUCAGAUAUGCUUUGCAAUCAGCUAUCUAUGCAAUCUGGCGAGAAAGGAACAGAAUAAGACAUGGGGAAAAGGCUAUGCCUAUAGCUAUAUUGAAGAAGACCAUUGAUAAGGGUAUAAGAAACAAGCUGAGUUUGAUUAAGAAGGAUAGGAGGAAGGGAUCACACAUGAUGUAA